GGUAGCACCGUUACUAUGGACGAUGGCUCAACAUUCAUAUACCGCAAUUCUUUCGGUGGCACUUGGUAUUUUGAUGAAAAUGAUCCAUAUAACAAUGCGGCUCAAGCUCAAUCUUGGAACCCUGCCCUGAACGCUACUUUCCGCUAUGGCACUGACAAAAUACGCGGAGUGAAUAUUGGUGGAUGGUUGAACACUGAACCAUUUAGUUCUCCUGCCCUUUUUCAGCCAUACCUCAGUAACUCUCAGCCUGCUGUCGACGAAUGGACACUCAGCGUUGCGAUGAGGGCCGAUACCGCUAAUGGAGGCAUAUCCCAAUUAGAGAAUCAUUACAAGACAUUUAUUACCGAGAAGGAUUUUGCGGAGAUAGCUGGUGCUGGUCUCAAUUUUGUUCGCAUACCAAUUCCCUACUGGGCAAUUGAGACCCGAGGAAGUGAACCUUUUUUGGCUGGGACCUCCUGGACCUAUUUCCUCAAAGCCAUCAAGUGGGCUAGAAAAUACGGCCUUCGUAUCAAUCUUGACCUACAUGCUUUGCCUGGCAGUCAGAAUGGAUGGAAUCAUUCCGGAAAGCUUGGAACCAUAGGCCUUUUAAAUGGUCCUAUGGGGUAUGCUAAUGCCCAACGAUCCCUGGAUUACAUUCGCGUCUUUGCCGAAUUUAUGUCACAACCACAGUACAGAGAUGUCGUGACUAUUUUUGGUAUAAUGAAUGAACCUCAAGGUCCCACUAUGGGGCAGGAUGCGCUUUCGAGAUUCUACAUGGAGGCAUACAACAUUAUCCGCACAGCUGGCGGUACCGGCGCAGGCAACGGUCCAUUCAUUUCGCUGCAUGAUGGUUUCUUUAGCCGAAGCCAAUGGGUUGGCGUCUUCCCAAACGCCGAUCGUGUCGGUUUAGAUACCCAUCCAUACCUCUGUUUCAACGACCAAUCGUCGAGUCCCAUGUCUUCAUACGCCACCACCCCCUGCACUUCGUGGGGAAGUCUUGUCAAUAAUUCCAUGAGUAACUUCGGUUUGACAACUGCCGGAGAGUGGAGCAAUGCUGUGACCGAUUGUGGAUUAUACCUAAAUGGUGUCAACCUCGGAACACGUUAUGAAGGGACCUAUCAAGGCAGUACUUCUCGUGUUGGCAGCUGCACCCCGUGGACGGAUUGGCAAAACUGGGACUCAACCAUGAAGACUGCUAUCAAUACAUUUGCUCUAGCCAGUAUGGAUGCCCUUCAAGAUUAUUUCUUCUGGACAUGGAAAAUCGGUAACUCUAGUGUCUCGGGAACAGUCGAAACGCCAGCUUGGUCAUAUCAGCUGGGUCUUGAAAACGGCUGGAUGCCUAAAGACCCACGCCAGGCGAUAGGUGCCUGCGGA